GAAGAGGCGGGAACAGAAGUUGCUGGACAACGUUCCUGUCGGAGGUGUUUUAAAGCGGAAACUUCCGUGAACGCUGAAAUCAGCUGUUUGUUUCUGAGUGUUUGACGCUCCGGGACGUCGUUUUUAUUUUCAGCAACAACAGGAGGUGUCAUUUAUCCGACCUUUGACCUCAGACACGCUUUGGAAGCCGCUCGCUGACGUUAGCAGUUAGCCGUCGGAGCUAACCGGUCCACUCGCUCUGCUGCCGCCCGGAGACGCACACCCUGAGUCCAGUGCUUAUAGUCAAACCAGCCGGGACCUCUGAACGUUUCCUCCGGGGCUGUAGGUAGGACAGAGCUGUUUCAUGUCACCCCCGGGGCCGGUGUGGACUCUUUAAUGGGAGGCGGGUCGCUCCGGGGGAGUGGACGCUGUCAGUUUGGAAGAACGCGGAGCUCCUGGCUUCCUCUCGGGCUCUCAUGGAGUCUCUGGCCGGGUAUGUGUACAAGGCUGCCAGCGAGGGCCGAGUCCUGACCCUGGCCGCGCUGCUGCUGAACCACUCCGAGGCGGAGACGCAGUUCCUGCUGAGCUACGUGACCCACCUGAGCGGCCAGAGGUCCACCCCGCUGAUCAUCGCGGCGCGGAACGGCCACGACAAGGUGGUCCGGCUCCUCCUGGACCACUACAAGGUGGACACCGAGCAGACCGGCACGGUUCGGUUUGACGGCUACGUCAUCGACGGUGCCACGGCGCUGUGGUGUGCAGCCGGCGCCGGACACUUCGAGGUGGUGCGUCUUCUGGUGAGUCACCGCGCCAACGUCAACCACACCACCAUCACAAACUCCACCCCCCUGCGAGCCGCCUGCUUCGACGGGCGUCUGGACAUCGUUCGCUACCUGGUGGAGCACGACGCCGACAUCAGCAUCACCAACAAGUUCAACAACACCUGUCUGAUGAUUGCCGCCUACAAAGGCCACACGGAGGUGGUGAGGUUCCUGUUGGAGAAGGGGGCGGACCCCAACGCCAAGGCCCACUGCGGCGCCACCGCGCUGCACUUUGCGGCUGAGGCGGGACAUCUGGACAUUGUCAAAGAGCUGACGCAAUGCCAGGCGUCCAUGGUGGUGAACGGGCACGGCAUGACGCCGCUGAAAGUGGCGGCGGAGAGCUGCAAGGCUGACGUGGUGGAGCUGCUGCUGGCGCACGCCGACUGCGACCCUCACAGCCGCGUCGAGGCCCUGGAGCUGCUGGGCGCCUCGUUCGCCAACGACAGGGAGAACUACGACAUACAGAGGACGUACCACUACCUCCACGCGGCCAUGAUGGAGCGCUACCGCGAUCCGGACAACCUCAUCACCAAGGAGCUGUUCCCCGCCGUCGAGGCGUACGGAGGGCGCCGCGAGUGUCAAACGCUGCAGGACCUGGAGGCCAUCAGGGUGGACCGCGACGCCCUGCACAUGGAGGGACUGAUGAUCCGAGAGCGGAUCCUGGGCUCGGACAAUAUCGACGUGUCGCAUCCGAUAAUCUACCGCGGCGCCGUCUACGCCGACAACAUGGAGUUUGAACAGUGCAUCAAGCUGUGGCUGCACGCCCUCCGCCUGCGGCAGAGAGGAAACCGCAACACGCACAAGGACCUGCUGCGCUUCGCCCAGGUGUUCUCGCAGAUGGUCCACCUGAAGGAGCACGUGUCGGCCGCCGCCGUCGAGCAGGUGCUGCGUUGCAGCGUUCUGGAGAUCCAGCGCAGCAUGGUGCGCGUGGAGGCCGCCGCUGAAUCGGAGCUGCCGCAGGCCAUGGAGAACUACGAGUCCAACGUCUUCACCUUCCUGUACCUGGCGUGCAUCUCCACUAAAACCACCUGCAGCGACGCGGAGCGCGCCGCCAUCAACAAGCACAUCUACGACCUGAUCCAGCUAGAUCCGCGGUCACGCGAGGGCUCCUCGCUGCUCCACCUCGCCAUCAGCUCCACCACGCCGGUGGACGACUUCCACACCAACGAUGUGUGCAGCUUCCCCAACGCACAGGUCACCAAGCUGCUGAUCGACUGCGGCGCGCAGGUCAACGCCAUCGACAACGAGGGCAACACGCCGCUGCACGUCAUCGUCCAGUACAACCGGCCCAUCAGCGACUUCCUCACGCUGCACGCCAUCAUCAUCAACCUAGUGGAGGCCGGCGCGCACACGGAUAUGACCAACAAGCAGAACAAGACGCCGCUGGACAAGAGCACGACGGGCGUGUCCGAGAUCCUGCUGAAGACGCAGAUGAAGAUGAGCCUCAAGUGCCUGGCGGCGCGCGCCGUCCGGCAGCACCAGAUCACGUAUCGCAACCAGAUCCCCAAAACGCUCGAGGAGUUCGUGGAGUUCCACUGACGCCGGUUUUUAAAAACGUUUUUCUAACAGUUCACGCGGUGCUGAGGUCGACGUUUUUAUAUUAAAAAAAAUCUUUUUUUCUUUUUGGCGGCGCCGGGCAGCUUCCUGUUUUGCCUUACCUCUCUGCCAGGAAGCUGCCGCGUAUGUCGCCGCGAUUGUGUAAGAAGAAAUGAUCGGACCGAAGGAACGAGUGCCUGAAGAGACGCCAGACGACCGAGCUCAACCACCAAUCAGCCGCCACGCAGAGGAUUAUUUUUUAAUUGGAGAGAUUUUUAUCGGGUGUUCCUGGCUGUGGGCGGCGAUCCAAACGCUUCAUCACAUUUGAGUUAAACUUUCUUCUGCCUCUAAAGAAACUGUGCGGACACUCCUGCUCUGAAUCCUUCCUCGCCCUUUUAUUUAUAGUUGUGGGUAUUUAUUUGGGCGUUCAGCGUCUUUCUCAUCAGCUGUGUCGGGUUUUGUUUUGUUUCUGAUAAAAUAACUGCAAACGAGCUGCUCUGACUUCCUCUCUGAGAAACUCUAAGAAAGAAACAGCAUAAAAAAAUAAAGUUUAGUGUUGAAAUCGAGGGAUAGAAAGAAAACAGCCGACCUUCACUCGGAGUUUCAUCAGAUUUGUCUGAAUGCAGAUUUUAUGUCCUAAUAAAGUUUUUUUUAGUUAAAGGAUAAGUGCCAAAAAGCCGCUGAGGGUCAAACUGAGAGUCUUGAAGCCCAGAUUCAGUUGAAGUGUUCAAACCGACGUCUCUCCUGCUGUGUUGGAAUCAGCAGGAGAGACGUUUUGAUGCCAUAACUCUACGUUUUAUUUUAUUCUAACUUUUGACAGGAUGUGAAAAGUGAGCCACAAAAGCCUCGUCAGUCGGUCUCUUACGGUUUAGAUAACGAGCACAUCUCGAACUCGCCGUGAUGGAUGUUUCUCCACGCUGACUCUUGGGAAGCUGCGAGCGUUUCGGGGGCGGGGGCGGGGGACUCGACUGCCAGAGGCCUCCCGACCGACACGUGGGGAGCUGGUGCGGCGUCACCUGGGCGUCAAUGACCAUAUCUGCGUCACCCUUGCACACUCGCAGACUUGAAAAUUGACCGAGGCGUUGGGGAUCUGCAGAAUCGCCCGUGGCGUUUACUGUAAUGUUUUGGCGUUUGUUGAAAGCCUCCCGUGUUGGCGAACGCCACGCUGCAAGAAUCAAAGAUUUUAAAACUUAAUCUGAAACCAAACGAGGAAAAGAAUCAGUUUGAGUGCAGGUUUCAGAUUUCUGCAUCGGAGGCAUCACCUCACCGGGAUCAGCAGUGCCUUUAAGGAAAACGUCCGGAUAAUCCCGACUCAUCCAGUCUGAUCCGCCGUUUCUGGGUUUAAGUUUUAAUACGAGCGUCGUUAAAGUGAAUAGUUGAGAAAUAAAUGGUGAUCUUACUCGGUGCUAUCGUUUAGCGGCGUGAGACUGGAGUCGGCGGAUUAAUCCUCCAGGGGGGACGUUAGAGGAUGACGGUUUCGAUCGAUGCUCUGCGGCCGUUUUUG